AUGGCUAAUUCCAGAGCGCAGCCAUUUGCACAAACAAUCCUCGAACGCGCCUUCUCCCCAGACACGGCAACAAUUCAGUACAACGAGCGCGUCAUCAAACGUCCCCUUCCCAUUCGUGCAACUUCUCCCACGCCCUCUGCGCGCGCAAUCCGCCGACAAGGCCUCAACGAGCGCAAAGCCAUCGCACGGAAGCGCAGCAAGAACAAGCCUCGCCCAUUAUCCGCCGCUGAGAAGCGAAAGCUAUGUCUCAACGAGAUCCCCAAGGAGCAGCAGAAAUAUGCUAUCUACGAACCACUGCACAACCUUUGGACGGGAUAUAUGCGCGAUAUAUUAGGUCUCACCGAUGCGAAACGUAAUGCGCAUGUUACACCAAAUUCGAGUGGGCAGAUUCUUGCAAGCGCGGACAUGCAUGGUGCAAAGGUUGCUAUAGUGAGGAGUCGUUGUGUGAGCCGGGUGGGACUGGAGGGUAUCAUUGUACGAGAUACGAGGUUUACGUUUGAGAUCAUUACAAAGAGAAACGUCCUCAAGGCAAUUCCAAAAGAGCAUACGAUAUUUCGCUUCGAGAUAACGUUGCCAGUGACGGAGGGAGAAGAGGAGAAGAAGCCGCUGGUGUUCGAGCUCAACGGAGAGCAGUUCCAGGCGAGGGCGGCGGAUAGGGCAAAUCGCAAGUUCAGAAUGCACUACCAACCUGAUAUAUGA